GGGGAAGGAACUCAGUAGGCGGGUUGAGAAACAGUCGCUCUUCCUUUUCCUAACCCACAACCUGCUGUUCAGUUCAGCUUCGCUUUUGAGAAAAGUGUACAACACUUUCUGCCAUCAGACUCUGGUGAGCUGCUCUCAUUGCCCACGGCUCGCUGAAUUCCACAGCUCCACCUGACCACAGCUAUGCAAGCCAUCAAGUGUGUGGUGGUGGGAGAUGGAGCUGUGGGUAAAACCUGCCUCCUGAUCAGCUACACCACCAAUGCUUUCCCAGGAGAAUAUAUCCCUACUGUGUUUGAUAAUUACUCUGCCAAUGUAAUGGUCGACAGCAAACCUGUCAAUCUGGGACUGUGGGAUACAGCUGGCCAGGAGGAUUAUGAUCGCCUGAGGCCUCUCUCCUAUCCUCAGACGGAUGUCUUCCUUAUUUGCUUCUCUCUUGUCAGCCCUGCAUCAUAUGAAAAUGUCCGUGCCAAGUGGUUCCCCGAAGUCCGGCAUCACUGUCCUAGCACCCCCAUGAUCCUGGUGGGCACCAAGCUGGAUCUCCGGGAUGACAAGGACACCAUCGAGAAGCUCAAGGAAAAGAAGUUGUCACCCAUUACGUACCCACAAGGACUUGCGCUGGCCAAAGAGAUUGAUGCAGUGAAAUACCUUGAAUGCUCAGCACUGACUCAGCGUGGCCUGAAAACAGUGUUUGAUGAGGCAAUCCGGGCGGUUCUCUGUCCACAACCCACAAAGACCAAGAAAAAGGCAUGCAGCAUCCUAUAAAGGCUCCUCCCCUUUCCCUAUGGAUUGGUCUUUUCUCUGGGCUUUGCUGAUGGGACAGAGACUGAAGAUGUCAUCAGCACCAGCUAGACUCUUCUCCUGUACUUCUGAGUGACCUCUCUUGCCCUCACCAUUAAUCAUUGUAUAUCAAAUAAAAUUCAUAGCAUCUCCAUUUGGGAAAAGUCCCUGAAGCCAAAGUAGGGUGGCUUGCCUCUCUGCCAACUCCCUUGUUCAGUUUCUCCCCCAAGUGACAAACUGCUGUUUUCUUCACACUCAUAUACUUGACAUCAGCUUCUCCCCGUAGCUUGGGAAGGGUCACCUCCAAGGCUUUCCAUUCCAGAGAUCUCUGUUCCCUGAUCAGGCAAAGCUUUAAGGCAAAACCUGUAACAAUACCAUCGUUCAGACCAAGUAAAAUAUCAAGAAGUCACUGGCCAAUUUUUGAGUUCUCCAGAACUCUUCAGAACAGAAUUCUCCCACCCGCUUUUGUCCUGAUGAAGAGCUCUGCAGAAUUCAAAAACUGGCUGGCGAUUUCUUGAUAUUUCUGUUGGUCCUCAUAAAGGUAUAGCCCUACUUUGGCUUUUGCAGAGCAAAUAGGACUCAAUAAACUCCGUUCCUGCCA